AUGGAUAACCCGCAGGCGGCACAUGCUCAGGCCCAGGCCCAGGCUCAGGCACAAGCCCAAGCCCAGGCACAGGCCCAGGCCCAGGCACAAGCACACGCUGCUCAGCAGGCUGCGCAGACGCUCAGGCGAAAGAACGCCCAGGACGUCCUCGCCGGCCAAGGCUUCCGAGGCUUGAAGCGCGGCAGGCCAACGGAUCGCAGCCUGCCGCCCAGCCUCAAGCGACAGGUGCCCGAGUCUGCCUUCUACGCCGACCUGCAGAGGAUGGAGAGGAGCCUCGACUGGACCGUGGCGAGGAAGCGGGCGGAGUUGACCGACGGACUCUCGCGCCCGCCAAAGAUCAAGCGGACCCUCCGCAUCUUCCUCAGCAACACCUGCGCCGACCAGCCGUGGCAGCAGGCAGAGAAAAAGUCCAAGGACAAGGACAAGGAGCUCACGCCCGCGCCCACUGGUGAUGCCGAGGGUGCGAGCGGCUCGGCAACGGCCGCGGGAGGAGCAGACCAGCAGGGCGGAGACACGGCCACAAGGGGCGACGGCGAGGGCGACGGGGACGCGGUCCCAUCCUGGACGCUGAGGAUCGAGGGGCGGCUGCUGGAGCCGUCGUUCAAAUCGCGCGCCAACACCGCGCUGAGCGCGCAGGCCAGCAUCAACCGGACAGGCGCCAACAAGUUUUCCAACCUGAUCAAGACGUGCGUCGUCGAGCUCGUCCGCGACCCGGCGCUCUAUCCGGACGGCGGCAACCUCGUCGAGUGGCACCGCCCCACGCCCAGCGUGGCACCCGCCGCCGGCAUGCAGGCGGGAGGCGGUGCCGGCGGUCUUGGAGGCACGCAGGGAAUGGAGGCGCCGCUGGUGGCCAGUGCGGAGCCGGCGCUCGACGGCUUCGAGAUCAAGCGCAAGGGCAGCGUGCCCACCAAGUGCAAGAUUGUCAUCUACCCGGCCUACUCGCCCGAGCGGUACUCGCUGGCACCAGAGCUGGCCAGCCUGCUCGACAUCCGCGAGGAGACGCGUGCCGGUGUCAUUGCGGCGCUCUGGACCUACGUCAAGGAGCGCAAGCUGCUCGACGAGACCGACCGCCGCCGCGUCAAGUGCGACGCGUCCCUGCAGGCGCUGUUCAAGACCGAGUCGAUCAACUUCCACCACAUCCCCGAGGUCCUCAACCGCUUCCUUCACCCGCCGCAGCCCGUCGUCAUCGAGUACUACGUGCGCACCGACAAGGCCGAGUACCGCCACCCGACGGCGUACGACAUCGAGCUCGACAUGGAGGACCUGGCCAUCCGACAGAAGCAGCACAGCGUGCUUGCCAAGUUCGACGCCAACGACACCGUCAGCAAGGAGAUUGCCGAGCUCGACGACAAGGUCGCACAAGCAGCAGCCACGAUCCGCAAUCGCUCAGCAGCGCGCGACUUCCUCGCAUCGUUCGCCAAGGAUCCGCAGGGACACCUGCGCACCUGGAUCGCGAGCCAGUCGCGCGACCUCGACGCCAUCCUGGGCAACGGCACCGUGCCGGGCGCCGCCGGUUUCGGGUCCACGUUCACCGCCGAGGAAAUGCGCAAGGCCGAAACCUUCAAGGGCGCCUGGGUCGACGAGGCCGUCAUUGUCAACGAGAGCCAGCGCUUGGCUGAAAAGCUGCAGGAGCUUCAGAGCCAGAUGGCCGCGUCCGGUGGCGUGCCGCCUGGUUCUGGACCGCCGGGCCCUCCCUAA